AAGAAGAGUCCUUGCCUGGUAAAUACUAUACGAGGUCGCUCUUCUUGGUGGACAAGCUAGAUCUGUAAACUACCGAUCACCAUGGUCCUUUUGCAGCCAGAUCCUUUUCUAAAUGAGCUCACUAGCAUGUUCGAGCGAAGCACCGAGAAAGGCUCCGUUUGGGUCACGCUUAAGCGAUCGUCGUUGAAAUCAAAGGUGCAGAGGAAUAAGCAGAAAACUGACGGCGAAGCGAUUGAGUAUCGAUGUCUUAUUCGCGCUACAGACGGGAAGAAAACAAUUUCCACUUCGGUCGGAGCCAAGGAUCAUAUGCGGUUUCAAGCUUCAUAUGCUACCAUUCUAAAGGCCCACAUGACAGCUCUUAAGAAGAGGGAGAGGAAAGACAAGAAAAAGGCUGCUGAGACCGAUCGGAAAGACGGGGCAGGUGCGAAGAAGCCCAAGAAUGCGUAAAGAAGUCUCUUCGUUUCUUCUUAUACCAAAAAGCCUUUAUAAAAACAACUUUGUGCUUCUUCCAACACUUUUUUGGAGAGAGAGAGAAGACUUUUUUUUUUUUUUUUUUUUUUUUGUUGUUGCAAGAAAUCAGUCAAAUUAUAGGGAUUGAAGAAUGUGGAUUUUUGUUUAGCUUCCCUUUUCCUUUCUAG